AUGGCUUCCCUUGACAGAGUCCAAAGUGACCUGAACUUCUACAUUGGCGGGUUGUUUAAUUUGCGCCGCAAAGAAUCGCUCAAGGCCGCCAACAUCACCCAUGUCCUUUCCGUGCUGAAACUUCCUCUGGACGAGAAGCUGUUCGAAAAUUUUGCCCACAAAGUCGUGGAAGUGGACGAUGUUGACGACGAAAACUUGCUCGAGCAUUUCGAAUCUUGCAACAAAUUCAUUCAGGAUGGACUUGACGCGGGAGGUGGUGUCCUCGUGCACUGUGCCAUGGGCAAAUCUCGAUCCUCAACGGUUGCCUGCGCAUACCUAAUGCAGCGAUAUGGCAUCACGGCAUCCGAGGCUUUGAGCAGAAUUCGGGAAAGUAGGCCACUCUGCGAGCCGAACGAAGGUUUCUGGCAGCAGUUGGAACUCUACUUCCAAAUGGGGACUCCGGAUGACAUGGAAUCGGUACCAGCCUACCAGCGAUGGGUAUAUCUCCAAGAAGUUGCAUUGAGCCGGGCAUGCGGUCAAGCCCCAGAAGCAGACAAGAUCAGGUUCGAAGAUGAGCAUGACCAAGGUUCGGCAGCCGCCGACUACGAUAUGCGAUGUCGGAAAUGCAGACGUACACUAGCAACAUCUCAAUAUCUCAUCAACCACCAAGCCACUCAAGCAGCUGCAUCAAACCCGAAAAACACAUCCUCGACCUGCUCGCACUACUUCCUGGAUCCACUCUCUUGGAUGCGCCCAGAGCUUGAACAAGGCAAACUUGACGGACGAUUGGAAUGUCCCAAGUGCAAGGCUAAUGUUGGAAAGUACGCGUGGCAAGGUAUGCAGUGCAACUGUGGGGAUUGGAUCUUGCCCGCCAUCAGCCUGGCGAAGAGCAAGAUUGAUGAAGUGAAGUCGAGACCACAGGGAGAUUCCAACUUUGGGAUUCGCGUGCCACCAUCAGCGGCCGGUCGCAAGGCUGGAGCCGGGCAGGGCAAUCUUUGA